AAAAACUGUAUACGAAAAUUGAGUGGGUACGCAUGAUCAAUUCGGAAUGCUACCUGAAAGUCCAAAGAUCAGGAGUCACUUGUCUUUUUAUAAACUCUGUGCUAACAAUAGAAAGUCAUUUAGUCACGUGCUGGAGAUAUGCAAAGCAGAUUGUCUCAAUUUUUGACAGCAAAAACACGGAGCUCCUUGUUUUCAAGAGAACUAAAGAACCGUCAAAAAACAAAAACGAUCGACACUGUCAGUUACAAAUAUCACGAGAAACCAAGAAAAAAAUACCUCUUUACAUCAAACUUUGAGUAUUUCACAAAUAAGGUUGAUUUGAUUUAUGCAGUGCAUUACAUUGUAAAAUUCGACAUUAACUGAGUAGCACCCUUUGUCGAGGUGUGCUAUAACAUAAGUCUACGUYAUUUGUACAUCAGUUGUCAGUUAUACUGAAAGAAGACUGCGCAUGCGCGUACUGACUACUACAUGUUGCGAGCCAAGUCCCACAUGCGUCACGAUACACCUGAAUUCAGCAACUAAAUUCGGAGUUUGACUGUGCGGCUCUUCAGAAUAAAACCUUUGAAUCUGAUAACAAACCAAAUAACUCAAAUACGCCUCAAGUAAUAAUUCAUUCUGUGUAAGUUGAUAUCUUACGCAGGGAACUGAAUCCUGGACCUAACUAAAACCUGUUAUACCGCAUCAGUAACGCAUAUGGCGCAAGUAGUCACUUUUUCUUCUGCUACAAGAAGAUGGAUGUCUGUAAAGUUCUUCAAGUGAGGUCAAAUGUUUCUAGUUUGACGUCAGUUGUGGGCAUUUGAAUUGUUUUGAGAUUAAGCGCUUUUCUCUUGUCAAAUGACUACUUUUUACACAAUUAAGUAUUUGUUUUCUCUAGUAUUACGAAUGGCAAGUGUAGAGUAUCUUUUGAAUUCAGUAAAUUGACCCUUUCUCGGUAUCAAAGUGCAAAUAUUUGAACUUUUAGUUAAGUAUAAUCGAUGAUAAUCCCAAAAGAYGAAUUUUUUAAACACAAUAGGCGUCGAAUGGAGUAAGUAGGGGUGAUUGACUGUUUUUACUGAAAGACGAUUAUAAGGCUUUGCUUUGAUUCAUGCUUCAAAAUAUACUGACCAUCAGUUGAUAYAUUCAUCAUUUCACAUUACUAACAAGUUAUUAAACAUUCUGAGGCCUUCACAUUUCAAAGAUACACAACCCUAUACAUCGUACUAGUUCGUGAGGGUCCAAAARUCCUUUUCAUCAACCUUGGAAUGCAUCGUGUCCACACUGGCAGGUAUUUAGAAGAUUAUCGGAAUAAAAUCCUUGCAUGUGACUUUGCAUGGGCUUGAGUGGGAACUAAAAUCAAUUUUUUUUUCUUUCUUUUUUUUCCAAAUUGAUUCCCAUCAACAUGAUCUCCAAGGAGUUUAUAAAAGACUCAAAUCCUUCAAACCCCUCGCUCCCGUUAAUGCCGUUAGUCCAUCGUUAGUGUGGUCUUGACUCAAACACUAAACUGUAUCAACCAGGUUAAAUGAAUCUUUAGCCACCAACAAGUUCCCACUUUUUAAAAAAUAUUUGGUUCUCGUAGGGUUAGGGGUUCAAACGGCAAUUUUUCACUCCMUGUCAGACACGCUAAUCCAAAACGUUCCCAUAAUGCAUUCCAGGACGUCUGAUUUGACGAGUSUUGGAUUAGUGAGCCUCCAGUCUAUUGUCAACAUGUCAGCAGUAAUUCAUACUCUUAAGUAAUUGAUGAUAGCGAUGAUUGACUUUGGGACAGUURAGUGUGAGAGUGUUGUAGGUACCAGGCGGUUGGAUGAAGAAGGAACUGCUUCCUAUCGCACAAGAAGCCUGAAAAUAGAGGACUGAAUAGAGAUAGGUUGGAUGUCAACCGCCUGAUGGCAAUUGAUUGAUUGUUCUUCUUUACUACGAUGGUGAUCUGAUAGUUUCUCCUGACAACGCUCAAAGAUAGUCUCUCUCUCAAAGCCUUCAACUACAUGAUUUAAAAACUUCAAACAAGUGUUGAGGAAAUUGCGUUCUGACGUUCUCCCAGCUGGUAUGGAUUUCCAAAUGACGCGAAAAGCUUUUCAAAUGUUGGUGUAUUUAAGUUUAAUAUUGCGAGUGAAUAGCUCAAGAACUGGACUSUGUUACAACGUUUACGGAAGACCWCAGACUUGUAGACCGGAUUUCCACGACCUUGCGUACGAGAAGAAUAUAUACGUUUCCCAUACUUGUGGAUUUCCACCCAGGCGGUUCUGUACGCCACAUUUACGCGGACAAAAGUGCGAUAUCUGCGAUGGACGUGACGCAACGCGAGUGCAUCCUGCRUCGUUUUUGUCUGAUCUUCACGAUGAAAAUAAUGUAACUUGUUGGGUUUCUGACCCGGUGCAAAGUAGAGAAAACAUUACGUUUGUUCUUUCAUUGGGAAAAACGUAUGACAUCACUUACGUAAGUCUACAGUUCUGUAGYAUCCGACCUGAGUCCAUGGCUAUUUACAAAUCAAUGGAUUUUGGCAAGACGUGGCAACCGUAUCAGUUUUACUCUGGCGAUUGUGAAAACGUUUACGAGCGUCCGCUUAACGGUUACGUUAGCGUGCACAACGAACAGGAGCCUCUAUGUACUGAUGGCCAUCUUAUUCGACCCCAYCACGGAGGAAGGAUAGCGUUUAGUACMCUCGCUGGYAGACCAUCAGCCUCUAGACUAGAAAUGAGCCCCGUGCUGCAAGAAUGGGUCAUAGCUACUGAUAUCAAAGUGGAGUUYAAUCGAAUCAGUGCGACAAGYAAAAGACCCAAGGAUCACCUGUAUUAUGGGGUGUCUAAUUUUAUGGUCGGUGGAAGRUGCCAUUGCAAUGGCCAUGCUAGUAGAUGCAAUCGGGGACCUGACGGAGCGAUUGCUUGUGAAUGCAGACACAAUACUGCUGGAACUGAUUGCCAAGUGUGUAAACCUUUCUUUAAUGAUCGGCCUUGGAGAGCUGCGACMACAGAAUCACCAAACCAUUGCAGAGCAUGCAACUGCAACCUUCACUCUAAGUCGUGCGAGUUCAACAUGGAGYUGUUCAAGUUGUCRGGYGGUCGRAGUGGUGGAGUUUGUAUUAAUUGUCGUCAUAAUACGGCCGGUCGGUAUUGUCAUUACUGCAAAGAAGGCUACUUUAAAGAUCCWAAUCUSCCGACCACRCAUAGAAAGACGUGUAAACUGUGCAAUUGUCAUCCUCAUGGGUCACGUGGUAGAGUCUGCGACCAAUCAACUGGUCAGUGUCCAUGCAAAGAAGGUGUGAGACAUGCUCCCAAUGUAGACACAUCCCUCUUCGAGCCAAAAGAUUUUGUCGACGAGAUUAUGCAAUGAAAGUAACUGUUGUCCGUGUAGACAAACACAGUCCAAAGGAAUGGGUACGAGUUACAGUUAAUAUCAAUACUUCAUUCAAACGUUCGGCUCUUCGAUUUCGCCGCGGCGAUGGAUACCUAUGGGUGCGUCUUCGUGACCACAAGUGCAAAUGYCCACGAUUAAARCGAGGAAGAAGCUACUUCAUCGCUGGUAAAGUUCGACGAAAUAGACUCAGAAGAUCGAUUAUUGUUGAUGGUCGCAGCAUCGUAGUUCCAUGGAAAAACAAGUUAUUGAAACGAAUUUACAGAUUUAAAAAACUACAACGAAAAAACCGAUGUCGGUGAAACAAUAAUCUUGCGGUCUUCCUG